GGGCGCGCACCCGCGGCGGGCGGGGGGCGGCAAGGAGGGGCGGCCGGAGAAGCGGGCGGCGGCGGCGGCGGCCCGGGCCGGCGGGAAGGGGCCGGCGGGGCGCGGAGCGGCCAGGGCGAAGGGGCGGUGUCGCGGGGCAGAGACGGCGGCCAGCGGGGCGAGGCGGCCGGCACCGGGACCGGGAGCGGUCGCCGGGUCGGUGGCGGGGACCAGCCUGACCGACAGCAGCUCGGAGGUGUCGGACUGCAGCGCCUCGGAGGAGGCGAAGCUGCUCUCGCUGGAGCUGGGGCUCAGCGGCAGCGAUGGCGAGUCCCCCGGCAGCGCCCCGCCGCCGCCGCCCUCGGCCGGCGAGGCCUCGCCGCUGCCCGAGGAGCCCUCGGCCGCCUCCGUGGCCAGCAGCCGCCUGCAGCUCAGCACCUCCCUCGCCUUCUCCGACCUCACCGAGGAGCUGCUGGACGCCGGCACCGACGGGCUGCUCCGAGAGCUGGAGGACCUGCGCUCCGAGAACGACUAUCUCAAGGAUGAGAUCGAGGAGCUGCGCGCUGAGAUGCUGGAGAUGAGGGACGUCUACAUGGAGGAGGAUGUCUACCAGCUGCAGGAGCUCCGGCAGCAGCUGGACCAGGCCAGCAAGACCUGCCGCAUCCUGCAGUACCGGCUGCGCAAGGCCGAGCGCCGCAGCCUGCGCGUGGCACAGACGGGCCAGGUGGACGGCGAGCUCAUCCACAGCCUCGAGCAGGACGUCAAGGUGGCCAAGGACGUCUCCGUGCGGCUCCACAAUGAGCUGGAGGUGGUGGAGAAGAAGAGGAUCAGGCUGGAGGAGGAGAACGAGGACCUGCGCCAGCGGCUCAUCGAGACGGAGCUGGCCAAGCAGGUGGUGCAGAACGAGAUGGACAAGCUCCGAGAGAAUUCCCUGAAGAAACGGGGGUCUCGCUCCAUCGGGAAAACUGACAAGAAACCAUCAGUGCAGGAGGAUAGCGCGGACUUGAAGUGCCAGCUGCAUUUUGCCAAGGAGGAGUCGGCCUUGAUGUGCAAGAAGCUGACUAAGCUGGCCAAGGAGAACGACGGCAUGAAGGAGGAGCUGCUGAAGUACCGGUCCCUCUACGGGGACCUCGACAGCUCCCUCUCCGUGGAGGAACUGGCCGACUCUCCCCAUUCCCGAGAGGCCGAGUUGAAGGUCCACCUCAAGCUGGUGGAGGAGGAAGCCAACAUCCUCAGCCGGAGGAUAGUGGAGCUCGAGGUGGAAAACCGCGGGCUGCGGGCAGAGAUGGACGACAUGAAGGGACAGGGGGACAGAGAGCUGCCGGGGCAGGACACGCGGUUCCUGGCAGGCAUUUCUGGCUGUGGGGACGCAGGGGACACUGUGGCAGAGCUGCGGCGGCACCUGCAGUUCGUGGAGGAGGAGGCCGACCUGCUGAGGCGCUCGCUGCUGGAGCUGGAGGACCAGAACAAGCUCCUCCUGAACGAGUUGACCAAGUACAAGUCGGACCACGAGCUGGACGUGACGCUGUCGGAGGACAGCUGCUCAGUGAUCAGUGAGCCCUCGCAGGAGGAGUUGGCCACAGCCAAGGUGCAGAUCAGUGAGCUGAGUGGCAAGGUGAAGAAGCUGCAGUACGAGAACCGUGUGCUGCUCUCUAACCUCCAGCGCUGCGACCUGGCCUCCUGCCAGACCACCCGGCCCAUGCUGGAGACCGACGCUGAGGCCGGCGACUCAGCACAGUGCAUCCCCACCACCGGCUGGAGGGACGGGGUGGGCAGCAGCGAAGCCGAUGGGCAGGACAGGUUGCCCAGUGGUGGGAAGGUGCCUGAUGGUCCCACCAAGCUGCUUAAGGCCAAGGACCUGGAGACCUUGCUGGGCAUCCGGGAUCAGGCAGCACUUGUCAGCAAAGCGAUUGACAUCUUGAUUUCAGAUGCCAACGGUUUCACCUCCGGGCUGAAGGCUUGCUUGGACAACGAGUGCACGGGGGGGCUGCUGGGCGAGGCGGUGGGUAGCGGCGGCGAGAGCCCCAGCGAUGCCAAGCUGAUGAACGUGCUCCUCAUGCGGCUGGGUGUGCUCCAGCAGGACCUGGGCUGCUUCACGAGGAAGGUGGACCACUUCACCAGUGGCCUCAAGGAGCACACGGACUCUUUCCCCUUCUCUGGCCCUGGCAGCCAUGACACCACCAAAGAAGGGCUGCAGAAGGAACACGCCUCUGACUUCCAGCAGCCUGAUUUUAGGGACGCCGACCCUUACCGCAUCCCCCAUGCCAAGGACACGGACCCCGCGCAUCCCCGGAGCUACAAAACCUGCCGGGCUGAGGAGAACGACUCCUACGCCACCGAGAUGAAGGAGCUGCAGCUGGUGCUGUCAGAGGCCAACGAGAGUCUGCGGGGACUGCAGGAGCAGCUCUCGCAGGAGAGGCAGCUGAGGAAGGACGAGGUGGACAACUUCUCACAGAAGAUCUGCCAGCUGAAGGAGGACCACCAGAAAGCUCUGCUGCGGCGGGAGUUCGAGCUGCAGAGCCUGAACUUGCAGAGGAGGCUGGAGCAAAAGUUCUGGAGCCAGGAGAAGAACCUGCUGGUGCAGGAGUCACAGCAGUUCAGGCAGAGCUUCCUCUUGCUCUUCAUGAAGCUCAAGUGGUUCCUCAAGCGCUGGCGCCAGGGCAAGAUGGUGCACAGCGAAGGCGAGGACUUUUUGGAGGUGAACAGCAUGAAGGAGCUGUACCUGCUGCUGGAGGAGGAGGAGCUCGCCCCACAGCAGCAGGCAGACAACAAGACAUGCACCGGGGACCCCUGGACCCCCAACACGCCCAACGAGUGCAUCAAGACGCUGGCAGACAUGAAGGUGACCCUGAAGGAGCUGUGCACGGAGCUGCGGGAGGAGCGGCGCGGUGCCAGCGAGCUGCAGCAGCAGUUCACCAAGGCCAAGGCUGCCUGGGAGAUGGAGCGCGCCGAGCUCAAGUGCCACAUCGCCCAGCUGGAGUCGAAGGCAGGCAAAGGGAUCGCAGAGCGCACGCUGCCAGACUGGAAGGUGGCGUUGAAGAGGGAGCGUGAGGAGCACCAGCAUCUCCUGGCCGAGUCCUACAGCGCCGUCAUGGACCUCACCAAGCAGCUGCAGAUCAGCGAGAAGAACUGGAACCAGGAGAAGGUGGAGCUGCUGGCCCGCUUCAAGGAGGAGCAGCAGCAGGCAGAGCAGCAAGCGAAGGACCUGCAGAACAAAAUCAACCAGUUGCAGAAAGGAACCAACCCGUGGGCAUUGAAGCACUCUGAAAUGGAGAAGCACGGCAGCAACUGGAAAGAGGCUCUCAAUGAAAAAAUCACAGACAAAGAGACAAUCUCUGAAGCAGAAGCCAAGGGAACCAACCUCAAAAGGACCAAGUCUGUUUCCUCCAUGUCAGAGUUCGAAAGCUUGCUUGACUGUUCUCCCUACCUCCCUGGAAAGACUGCGCCGGGGCUGGGUGACCAUUCCCGGGGCAAAAAGGCAUCCGCGGCUGCCCAGCUGUUGCCCAACGGGAUCCGGGACAGCACUGGCGUUCCUCCCUCAAACUGUACAUAUGUGAAUAUUGAGCAACCUGCCCCUGACAGCCUGGCCAAGGAGAAGCUGGGCAUCUCCUCCUGGGACUACUCGCGGGCAAGCAGCCUCUCCGGGCAUGAUCAAUCCCAGAAGCAAAUGCAGAGGAGCUACACGGCACCCGACAAGACGGGGAUCCGCAUCUACUACAGCCCACCGGUGGUGCGGCGGCUGGAGGCACCUCUGGUGCACAACAAGGAAGGGAAGAUCAUGAUUGAACCUGGCUUCUUGUUCACCAUGGCCAAGCCGAAGGAGCCGGAGGAAUCAGCCAGCGCUGAGAGCACCUACAGUCAGUGGCUGUGCAACUUCUCCAAGCAGCAGCGGGAGCUGCUGGAUGGUGGCACGGUGGAGAGCGCGGUGCCGCCGGUGCCCCGCUUCCCCUCAUCACUGCACGACCUGGAGAUCUCCGGCAACAUGAGUGACGACAUGAAGGAGAUCACCAACUGUGUGCGGCAGGCCAUCCGCUCCAGCUCGCUGGAGAGGAAGGUGAAAAGCACCUCCAGCCAGACGGUGGGACUGGCCCACGUGGGGACGCAGACCAUCCAGACGGUGAGCGUUGGCCUGCAGACCGACCUGCCGCGUGGCAGCGGCAUGCAUGGCAAGAGUUGGUCCCCGCGUAGCUCCUCCCUUGUGUCUGUGCGCAGCAAGCAGAUCUCCUCCUCCCUGGAUAAGGUCCACUCCAGGAUCGAGAGGCCAUGCUGCUCCCCAAAAUAUGGCUCUCCAAAGCUCCAGAGGAGGUCUUCCUCCAAGCUGGAUGCCUCCAAGGACAGGAGCCUCUGGAAUCUGCACCAGAGCAAGCAGAAUGGCUCUGCCUGGGCCCGCUCCACCACCACCCGUGACAGCCCCGUCCUCAGCAACAUCAAUGAUGGUUUGUCCAGCUUGUUCAGCGUGGUGGAGCACGCGGGCAGCACCGAGUCCAUCUGGAAGCCGGGCUGCUCUGAGAGCAGCCGGGCCAAGCCUGAAGCACCCAAGUACGGCCUCGUGCAGGAGUUCUUCAGGAACGUCUGCGGGCGGGCGCAGAGCCCCACUGCCCCCCCGGAGAAGAAGGAGGCCACCGGGGAGGAGGGCAGCAAGAGAGCUGAGCACCCCAGCCUGGCCACCCACCACCCAGCUGAAAACAUCUCCCGUGUCUUGAACAAGAAAGUCCUCAAGCAGAGCAGCUGCGAGGACCCCAAGCCCUCGUCCCCUGGCCAGGGGAGUAAGGACGCAGCCCUGCGGGACCCCGACCUUAUCUCGGCCAUAGCCAGCGAGGACAUGGCGUGUGACUGCAGCUCCCAGUCCCUCACCUCCUGCUUCGCCCGGCCGUCCCGCUCCACUGUCCGCCAUUCCCCCUCCAAGUGCAAACUGCACCCCGCGGACCCCCCCAGGGCGGAGGAGAAGCCGGGGGCCUCGACCUGCAAUGUAAAACCAAGUGCAUUUUAAAAAUACCGAAAUGAGCUACAUUGGAGAUGCACCAAUUGGAUUAAGAGAUUGUGGUUGGGAGGCUGCAGCGUGGCCUGCGGUCUGCGCCACGCGGCCCUCGGUCACCACCAGAAAAAGCCUUAUCCGGGGAGGGAGGGGGGCAGCGGCCAAAACCCCCCGCGGCGGUGCAGAGCUCCCAGGGCUGGGGAGCUGCGUCCCAGCCCCAUGCGGAGCAGCGUUGGUGCCCCUGUGCAGCCCCAGGAGAGGAGAGCGAUUUUAAAGGAGGCUGCCUGACCUAUUUUUGAGCUGCCUGCCAGGGGCCAGGCAGGGAUUCACCCAGAUGGAGCUGUCUGCAGGUGCCUGCGCCUCCUGGGGCUCCAUGCCUUGCUCUGGGGCUGUGUACCUUGCUCUGGGCGCUCUGUACCUUGCUCCAGGGGCUCCCUGCAUCGCUCUGGGGCUCUGAGCACAGCUCCAGGACCUCCGUGCAUUGCUCUGGAGCUGCAUACAUCGCUCCAGGGGCUCUCCGCGUUGCUCUGAGUCUGCGUACGUUGCUCCGGGGGCUCCGUACACUGCUCCAGGGGGUCUGCGCAUUGCUCUGGGGCUCCGCACACUGCUCCAGGGGAUUUCCGUGCGUUGCUGUGGGGCUGUGUACACUGCUCCGGGGGCUCUGCCCGUUACUGUCAUCUCGCAGCUUCGCUUAAAAAAUGCUCCUGCUGCCGAAGCUGCUGCCCCCUCCCGUCCAGCCGCACGCUGCCCGCAGCAGCCAGGCUGCAUCACUGCCACGUCGCAGCCUCCGUCAGCAUCUCCGCGACGGCCGCUCACUGCCUGUGUCUCCGGACACACCAGCAUCAGCCAGGGCCCAGCAGGCCCAGCACCGGUGGCCUUUUGCUCCUGCGGCGCCUGGCCGGCCCCACGGGGACCGUCGUCACCCGGGUGCGGGACGUGCGGGGCAGGCGCUGCCCACCCUCACCAGCAGCCAGGGACAGGCACCAUCCCUGCCUGCCACCGAGAAGUUGGGUCCCCGCACCCCGGCAGGCACAGCGCUGCCGCGGGCAAUCUCCUGCUGUACAUAGAUCCUUUCGGGGUGGUUUUUAGCAUUUUCAUUGAUAACAGGGGUUUUGGUUUUGCUUUGUUGUUUUGUUUUGUUUUGUUUUUUUAAAAGACUCUCUACUUUUGGAAUGUGGUUUCUCAUUUUUACAACUGCCUUUUAAUUAUUUGUAAUAUUGGUCAGUUCUGUCUUACUCUGUAAAUAGCGGUGCGGGGCAUUUCCCGCGGGGCCGGGGGCUGAACUGAUUUGGGAUGAUACCCCUGGCAGGGGAUUUGCAAAGGCAACGGGGAAAAUCUGAGCUGUGGAGGUGGCUGAUUCAGCCCCGGCCCCCGCACAGCCUCUGGCCCUGUUCUCCCGUCACGCCAGCGCCCGGCCCGGGGCAAAGCCCGAGGUGCUUCGGGCAAAGCCACGCUUGCCCCUGCCCUGUCCUCCUGCUUCCUCUUGCCAGGUCGCAUGAAGGGCACCUUCUGCCCCGAUGACGGGCCCCCUGCCCGCCCCAUCCUGUACCCCUGUACCACGCCUGCUUGUCCUGUGAUGAAUAAAGGCCCUACAACCCCUCACCCACGCCCUUGGUGCUGCCUUCCCGUGCUGCGGUGGGGGGGACCGUGAUGCCUGUCCUGUCUGGGGAACCGAUGCUGCUGCGGAGGGGAGUGUGGGGUGGCUGGGGCACCCAUGGGUGGGGAGAUGCAUCUAGAUCCUGUCCCUCUGUCCGUGCCAUUCUGCCAGCUGCCCAGCCCACACAUGGUGUCCCAUCCUCUCCUCAUCCGCCUGUUUCUCCCCAACAGCACCCCCAUGUGCUGACCCCAACUGUGCCAUGCCACCAGGGCUCCUUGUCAGUGCCCAUGGGUCCUCCAUGGCCUCACUGCCAGGGCUGUCACCUCACACCAGGCUCCUCUCAGCUCUGCAUUGUUCUUGUGAUGCUGGUAUUUCUCAUGCCUCCCCUGUCCCAUCCCAUCCUGCCCAGCAGCUCACACCAGCCUGCACAUGGACCCCACAUCCCCUUUCCCACCAUUACCCGUGGCUUACUGCCCUUGUGCCCCUUAUAACCUGCAGGUCCCAGCUUCCUCCAGGCUCACUACAUUAAACUGUCCCUCCCUGAGGUCCUCCAUUGCUCACCAUGACCCACCUCUCCUUCUUUUGCUCCUCCAUCAUCCUUCAGGUCCCAUUCCCUUAUAUCCCUGCUCUCUGAUUCCCCAUGCUCCAGCCUUCCUUUUUGUUAUCCUCCAUGCUCAAUCACAUUCCUUUCUUCCUUCAUGUGCUCUUACAUUACCCACCAUAUCCCAUCCCUCUUUAUUAUGCUCUUUCAUCACCCACCUAACCCAACCCAUCCCUCCUUCCUGUGCUCCUCCCAUCACCCACCCAUCCUAUUCCUCCUUCCUAUGCUCCAUCACCUACCAUGUCCCAUCCCUUUUCCUCUCUAUGUCCAUCUUUCAUGUCCCACCUCUCCUUCUGCUGCUCCUUAGCUGUCUACCCAUCCCAUCCCUUCUUCCUGUGCUGUCCCAACCACUGGGUCCCAUCCUUCCUUUCUAUGCUCCUGCACUGGCCACUAUGUCCUGCCCCUCCUUCCUGUGCUCCUACAUGCUCCUGCAUCCUCCAUCAUGUUCUAUCCCUUCUUGUACUCUGCCAUCACCCACCAGCUCCCAUCCUUCCCUGUUUUCCUCCAUCCUCUUCACAUCCCAUCCCUCCUUUCACAAUCCUUCCAGAGUGUGCUGUCAUCCACUGUGUCUCAUCCCUCGCUGCCGUGCCAUGCUCCUCUGUUACCCACCACGUCCCCUGCCACCCUCUUGUGCUCCUGCAUCCUACAUUAGGUCUUAUUGCUCCUUAUUGUUCUCUUCCAUCACCCAGCAUCCCUUCUUCCUAUGCUCCUCCAUCACCCACCACCUCCCAUCCCUUCUUCCUGUGCUCCUCCAUUGCCCUUCAUAUCCCACCUUUCUGUAUUCCCAUCACACCUGCAUCCCAUCCCUCUCACCUGCUCCUCCUU